GAUUCCACACUGAGGACAACGCGGCGGCCGGGGUGGCAGUGGCAGUGUUCGUGUGCUUGGGUCUGAAUCGCCAAGGGCGGAGGCGGUGGAGGAAGAGGUGGCAGCGGCGGCGGUGGUUGUAGCGGUGGCGGAGGAGGCGGGUACGAAUCAGCUGCUGGCGGAGACAUGGCCAACAUUGCGGUGCAGCGAAUCAAGAGGGAGUUCAAGGAGGUGCUGAAGAGCGAGGAGACGAGCAAAAAUCAAAUUAAAGUAGAUCUUGUAGAUGAGAAUUUUACAGAAUUAAGAGGAGAAAUAGCAGGACCUCCAGACACACCAUAUGAAGGAGGAAGGUAUCAACUAGAGAUAAAGAUACCUGAAACAUAUCCAUUUAAUCCUCCUAAGGUCCGGUUUAUCACUAAAAUAUGGCAUCCUAAUAUUAGUUCCGUCACAGGGGCUAUUUAUUUAGAUAUCCUGAAAGAUCAAUGGGCGGCAGCAAUGACUCUCCGCACGGUGUUAUUGUCAUUGCAAGCCCUAUUGGCAGCUGCAGAACCAGAUGAUCCACAAGAUGCAGUAGUAGCAAAUCAGUACAAACAAAAUCCCGAAAUGUUCAAACAGGCAGCUCGACUUUGGGCACAUGUGUAUGCUGGAGCACCAGUUUCUAGUUCAGAAUACACCAAAAAAAUAGAAAACCUAUGUGCUAUGGGCUUUGAUAGGAAUGCAGUAAUAGUGGCCUCGUCUUCAAAAUCAUGGGAUGUAGAGACUGCAACAGAAUUGCUUCUGAGUAACUGAGGCAUAAAAAGAGAGCUGCUGAUAUAGUCAAGCUUGCCUCUUCUUGAGGAGCACCAACAUCUGUUAUUUUUAGGAUUCUGCAUAAAUUUCUUUUAAACUGGCAUUCUUGCCUAACAAUGUUAUCUAGCCACCAUUGGAGACUGAAAAGAAAAAUCCCUGCUCUGUAAAUAAAGCUAAUUAAACGUCUGUGUAAAUUUAAAAAGGGGAAAUACUUUAAUUUUUUUUCUUAAUGGAUAGUGUAAAAAUUCUUUGAGCUAAGCUAAAACCAUGGAAAAACAUGCUACUUUAGUGUUUAACAGUGUACCAAGACUAGCAAGAGUUUGCUUCAGGAUUUUGUUGAAUAAUUAAGAUAAUAUUUUGAGUGUGGCAGGGCCAUUCAAAUUGUUGGUGUUGCAUCACAGCUACCUUAACUGUUUUUAACAUGGAUCCUUUGUGCCUGUGAAUUUACUUGCAUGCUUGUACUUGACUUCUUAGGAUGGGUAGCUGAAAAGACCACCAUUUUAAGCAUUUGAGAAUUCUUGAAUAUGAAAUUUAUCCAGAAUUGAAGAUGGUGACCUAUUCAGAGCCUUUUCGUCCUUGUCAAUAGACUGGGACACCUUAUCUGUUUUUCCCCCUCUUACCGCACACAGCUGAUAUUCUAAUGGUAAAUUUCUUUGUAUUUGGUGGGGAAAUGUGCCGAGGGACAGUAUCCCUUGCUCCAUUUUUAGGUCAUAGGUUUGAAAUGUUUUGUCACAGUUUUUCAAAUACUCUUAGAAGUUUUCCUUAUGUAAGUAAUAAUCAUGUAAAAAUGGAGCUACCAAUUUUAUUUCUCUUGCAAGAACAGUAAAUAGUUGAUGUUUUGCUAUAACCAAACUUAAUGAAAGAACCCAACUUAGUUUUUCAGUGAAUUUGACAUUUUUAAACUGAUGAAAUUUUUCUUUGAGAACUGAUAAGGAUACAAUCAACUGUUUCCAGUCGUGUUUAGCCUAAUUUUGGGCUUUGUAGGGAUUGCUUUGUUGGAUUCUUUAAGAGUCACUCUGGCUUGCACUUCCCUGUAUUGACACAUGAAAGCUGUGUUGGUGUUUUACUGUACAUACUUCAAAUGCACAUAGGAAUAGAAGUGUGUUAUAAAUUUAGCUUUCUUUAUGAUGUUUCUGAUAAUAUGAGAAUUGAAAACUUUACCUUCUCUUGUACAUAGUCAGACUUUCUAUUUGUAUUAAAGUUACAUUUCAUUCUAAGUUCA